AUGGAGAAGCUGUAUCCAGAGGCGAAAAAGAAGAAUCUGAGAACAUUAUGCCCUUUAUAGUACUUCAUGGGGUUAAUAUUAGGGCAAUCACCCAACACUCUGGCAUCCUCUUAUGUACACGUAUACAGAAAUUGGAAAUGUUUGUAUUUGCUAUAUCUGGCACUUGGACGAAUGUGGAAAAUAAUAGCUUAACGUACAUAUUAAAAACAUUAUACUUCGAGGUUUCCAAUUCGCAAAAAAUGGAAAGCACUAAAAUACGUGAAGCCGUUAAAUUUUUGGCUGAGGGAGACAAAGCCACUGAAAAGGGCUGGUUCAAAAAGCCAGAAUGGGAUGUCGCUGGACAAAAUUAUGAGAAAGCUGCUUCUUGCUUCAAAGCGGCGAGAUCAUAUGACCAGGCAAUACAAGCCUAUCAAAAAGCUUCAGAUGCGCUGUUCAAAUCAGACUCUAUAUACAUGGCCGCGAAAACAAUGGAAUCAGCUGCUAAUUUAGCCGCCCAACAACUUAAACAGCCCGAACGCGCGGCCGAGAUGUAUAGAAAGUCCAGUGAUCUUUAUCUGGCACACAUGACUCCUGAUCGAGCCGCAGAAAUGUUAGAAAAGGGUGCAAG